UUUUUGUUUCAACCGCCGUUAAUACUUGUCGCCACAGGGCUGUGAAAAAUUUGCCAUCUGGAGAAUUUGGAGAAAAUCUUUUUUUAAGUCUCGUUUCUCGUGUCCCGUGGCUGGUGCAAAUUUUUUUUGCCAACUAAAGACAAAAAGAAUAUAAUGUUCUCAUCACUCUUAGAAGCUGCCAAGAAUUCGCCAUUCCGCACACCUUUCAGCAAGGUGGAAUGUGCCACACCAGUCAACGGUGAAGGCCCAGUGCACGGCCGUCAAAUCCAAGCUGCCGCCGCUGCUGCCGGUGAGUCUUGCGAAUUUGGCUCAAACAAAUACUUUGCCUUAUGCGCCCUCGGUGGUGUCUUGUCCUGUGGUACUACUCACACUUUUGUUGUACCUUUGGAUUUGGUCAAGUGCCGUUUGCAAGUCGAUGCUGCCAAAUACAAGAACUUGUUCCAUGGCUUCAAGGUUACCGUAGCUGAGGAAGGUGCUCGUGGUUUGGCUAAGGGUUGGGCUCCUACCUUCUUCGGUUAUUCCGCUCAAGGUCUCUGCAAAUUCGGUUUCUACGAAGUCUUCAAAGUAUACUACUCUGAUCUUUUGGGUGAAGAAAAUGCCUACUUGUACCGUACCUACUUGUAUUUGGCUGCCUCUGCUUCAGCUGAAUUCUUUGCUGAUAUUGCUUUGGCUCCCUUCGAAGCUGCCAAGGUUAAGAUUCAAACUACACCUGGCUUUGCUAACACUAUGCGUGAAGCUAUGCCAAGAAUCGCCAAGGAAGAAGGUGUUGCCGGUUUCUACAAGGGUUUGGUGCCAUUGUGGAUGAGACAAAUCCCAUACACCAUGAUGAAGUUUGCUUGCUUCGAAAAGACCGUGGAAUUGUUGUACAAACAUGUUGUUCCCAAACCACGUGCUGAAUGCUCUAAGGGCGAACAAUUGGUUGUCACCUUUGCUGCUGGUUAUAUUGCCGGUGUCUUCUGUGCUGUUGUUUCUCAUCCAGCUGAUGUUGUUGUUUCCAAAUUGAACCAAGCCAAGGGCUCAACUGCCAUUCAAGUCGCCAAAUCCUUGGGCUUCAUGGGUAUGUGGAACGGUUUGAUGCCACGUAUCAUUAUGAUCGGUACAUUGACUGCCUUGCAAUGGUUCAUCUAUGAUGGUGUCAAGGUUGCUUUGGCUUUGCCCCGUCCCCCACCACCAGAGAUGCCCGCUUCCCUCAAGGCCAAGCUCGAGAAGAGCCAAUAAGCAGCAUUAUCAUUAGCAGCAGUUAACUAAUAACUUACUACUAAUAUUACCCAAAACUCAUCGUUAAAUAAGCUCUUUUUAAUUAAGUUCAUUAGAUACACAAGAAAAACAAAACAAAAACAAAAAACAAACAAAACAAAUUAAAACAAAAAUCCAAGUUAAACAAAUUAAAUUAUUAUUUAAACUAAUAAAACAUAAACACAAUUCUAGUUGCUAGACAAUUACAGGCCGCGAGACAACAAAAACAAAAACAACAACAUCUAAUACUUUUCUUUAUUAACCGGCUUAAUGAAAACAAAACAACAAAUUUUGCAUUAACACUUGCAAAACUAUACAACAGUCUAAAAUGGACAAUAGUCCUUAAUUAGGGGCAUUAGAGUAUAAAUUUAAAAUAUUUUCCUAUAAUUAGGUAAAAUAUUUAAAAUUUUCAGUUAGUCAAGCAUUUAUUUCUAAUUUGAUGAAAGUGAACAAUUUUCAUUCCAUUCAAACUAUUCUAUUAAAUGCAUUUUUUUAAGCUUUUAAAAGUUUACUAUUUUUUAACUUAAUUUUUAAGCUGUAUUGUUUUUUUAACAAUUCCCCCAGAACCCAGCUUAAUAGCCCUCCCCGCCAUUAACUAACUGUUCUUCUAUACUCAUUUCUCUUACCAACACGUUAACAUACAUUAUCAGGAAUUGUUGUUGUUUGCUAAUGCAAUUUAUUGUUUGUUAAAUUUUUAUUUUUUAGUGUCAUUGUUGAUAUUAGUUUAUAAUUUAAAUGUAAUUAUUUUUUUGUAAUUCAUAUUUAUGAAUUAUAAGUUUAUGUAAACUAGCCCCGGACCUUAAACUAAACAGUAUCGAUAAAACAAAGAUUUAAAUAAAAUGUCAGAGCCGGUGAAAUAUAUGAAAAAUAAAAA